GGGGAGAGAUAGAUGCUACAAGAAUAUCUCCCGUUAACUGUCCCCCGUUUUUUUUUUUUCUCUUUUUUUCUGUGUUUGCGUGUGUGUGUGCCCACGUCAAUGAACUGACCAUUAGGAUAACCACAAAGCAUAGUUCUCCCGGUGCUAUGAAGGCGUGGACUCCCAUUUGAAUCGUGAAAAGUGAAAAAUAAUGUGGCCUUUGACUCGCGACUGGAAGAGUGACUGUUGCUGUGCCCCGUGGACCUGCUGCUGCUGCUGCUGCUGUGGCAGUGUGCGGUGCCUGUGGAGUGUGGUGCUUGGUGGAGGCGCAGAGCGAGGGAGGGGCGCGGCGCUGCUCUCCCGGGUAGAAAGCUGCUGAAGGAGAUGCCAUGCGCAGCCAGCCACCCCACCUCUCUCUCUCUCUCUCUCUCUCUCUCUCUCUCUCUCUCUCUCUCUCUCUCUCUCUCUCUCUCUCUCUCUCCUAUACGCAUAUUCCUCUCCCAGACCUUCAUCUCCUCCCCCUCCUCCCCUCCUCCAUUGCUCCAUCCACACUCCCUCCACGAGCCUCCACCGACCACCAGGAGGGAACAUGAGUCGUCCAGGUCGUCUUAACAAGAGCGGCAGUGGAUCUCUACAUGGGUGAGGUGGCGAGGGGCGUGGCCAGGGGGCGGCUAGCAGCGUGUGCCACCAGGGAAAUGUGUAUGAACAUAAAAAAAGGCGCCCGUCAAGAAAGGCACAGAUGCAGGGUGUUGAGGCAGUGUUCAUCCCAGGGGCACACCACACAGGGUCAGCAACACAGAUGGUGGUGGAGAGGCACCUGUGGGACGCCCAGGGGAACACCAAACACGACCUUGACAGACAGAAGUUUAUUGAUGAAGUGUGGAAGAAGAGGAGGAAGGAACAAUGAUAUUCGACCAGCUGCGGCAUCUGGGGGCUUCACUUGACUGGGACAGCUGGGACAUGGAUGCAGCGAGAGACUGGCCUGUGUGUCUGUCUGUACAUCCGCACACCCUUGACCUCCAUGUCCACCCAGCAGGAGGAAGAUCUGGACACCUGUUACUCCUCUGGUCCCUCCCUUUGCCUCGCUGGGCUGGCCAGGUCAGGGGAGGGAGAGACCAUGCCUGACCUUGCUCGCUUCUACGCAACGACCUUGAAGACGGGUCACGGCAUCCUCUUGUGGGUGGCUCAGGUGGUCAUGCCGGGACUCGACUUGACGGGGAGGCUUUCCUUUGAGACUGUGCUGCUGCAUGGCCUCCAGGGUGAUGGUGGCGGCCACAAGACGUCCAAGUCCUGGGGCAGUGUGAUAGACCCCCUGGAUGUCAUCAGUGGGGCGUCCCUGGAGGUGUGUGACUUGCUGGUGCUGUGUGUUCUGUACUGGUGUUCAUUGGCUGUGGUGAGCAGUACCUUGACAGCAGGUACUGUGCGAGAGGGUGGAGGGGACCCUGAAUGCGGAAGAAGUACUCACUGGUCUCGUAUGAACUCUCCCACAGGCAUCCCAGAGUGUGGAGCUGAUGCCCUUUGGUCCACCCUGUGCUCCACCAGCUUCAGGAAACCGUCACCCCAAACAAUGAGUGGUGGAGGGUGCGUUCUGCGUUGACAGCCAGCAUGAGCGGUGACAGGAGCCAUCGGUGCCUUGCCUCCUCGCACCACCACCACAAGCACCACCACUCCUGCCAUCACCUACAAGGGGGAGACUGUGAUGUGGCUGCAGGUGGAUAGGUUCGGAGGCCUCCAGAGAGUUGCCCAGAGUGAAGCUUGUGGUAUAGAGGGACAGCUGCUGAUUAUCAAGCUUAUGGAGUGACUGGAAGAAAGUGGGAGGAGCCUGGAGGGAGUGGUGGAGGUACAGUACUCGGAGAAAAUCCCUUCACUAUGACGACUGGGUGUCUGCUGUACAGGCCACCAACCAAUGGAAUUGCUGUCUGAGGUGUGUGUGUGUGCGUAGAAGCCACCAUCAUCAACCACAGCAGGUGAUAAUGAUGGUUCCUGCUUUCAUCCUCAUUGGGGCUAGCCAGACCAACUUGGGGCUGUACUGGGGUGACGCUGUGUGCCUCAGGUGUAUCUGGAGGGCUGGGAUAGUGAGAAGAGAGAGAGAGUUAAGAGUAGUCAGCCAUCCCAUCACCCACUCACCCAGUCACCCACACAUCCCAUCACCCACUCACCCACACACCCAUCUCAUCACAGGGUAGGGCAGUUCAUAGGUACAUGGCACAGACCGUUAAGAAUCUAAUAUAAAUACUCUGAGGAGGCUCUGGCAGGGGUCUGGAGGCUGGCUAAGGAUGAGCUAACAGAUAUAUUAACUCACUGAAGAGGAGAGGGAAGAGUUAACUAAGGAUGUAGAGGCAAUAGAUGAGGGUAAGAACAGCAGCAGAUGUUGUAGUGGACAGUUUUGGACAAGAAAGUGACGAAGUGGUACCUGAACAUGAGGGACGGCUGGAAAAAAGGAAGGAGAAAGAAGGAAGCCCUGUGGAGUGUGACGCAGAAUAAUAUUAAUAGCCUCAUCUUGGGAUUAAUGUGAUGAGCUACAAGUAGAGAACAUUGAACAAAAUAGAUACAACUUAUGGAAAACAUCAAAUAAGGAGUUAUGUUUUUAGUUAAGGAAAGAUUCAAAAUGGCUGGAUACAAUGUGGUGAUGGACUAGCAGAUGCAUUAAUAAUUAGAGUCCAAAAUAUACCAGGCAAAAAGAUGAUUCAAAUUAACUGACAUACCAAGCAAUUAAUUAGUGAAAUCAGUCUUUGUUGACUCUUUCAAAGCCUUUCAGUUUGUCGACCUUAGUAUACUGUUAGGAAAAAAAGCGAUAUUAAGACAUGAGGUAUAAGCACUCCUGGUUCAAAGGCUAUUUGACUGAUAGUGUGUGUCUGUCCUAAAUUUGUAAUGAUGGUUUUGGUCCCUCAUCAGUCAUUGAGGGUGGUUGCCUAACUACAGAUAUAGCACAAAUAGAACGACUAACAAAACUCAAAGACGAUGACCAUUAUUAUUAUUUCUAUUAUUAUUAUUAUUAGUAGUAGUAGUAGUAUUGUAUCACGGUAUUUAAUAAUAGAGCCUCAACUUAUACUAGUCUUGCCUGAAAAUCUCUCGUUUUCUAUCAUUCUCCCAUCCUGCAGGCCUGAGCCCAGACCGACACCCAGAGAAAUGUAAACAAACGCAGAGUCAGACUAUAUAUACGGGUGAAUUUGUUGCU